UUUUUCUGUUUUGGGACGGACUCUCAACGAGUUCGAGUAUGAGCCGAAAGAGAGACAAACCCUACACUUACCGUCAUACACCGGCGCGAAUUUCGAAACGCCGGCGAGCUUGGGAGCCUCCGUCAUCGAAACUCGAUGAUAACAUCGACAAACCGACCAAAAAACCUCCGCCGCCACCGGCGUUGGUCGUUAUCGGACUUCCCGACUACUGUUCAGUACUGGAGCUGAAAUCCCGAUUCGAGAUCUACGGCUCAAUCUCACGAAUCAGAAUCGACAAGGACGGAUUUGGCUCCGUUUCGUACCGCAACGCCGAGUCAGCAGAGGCCGCCAUUGCCGGUAGUCUCGAGCCUUCUUUUGGUAUCUCGAUCGAUUCCAAAAAGUUGCAGGUGGUUUGGGCAACGGAUCCAUUGGUGAAGUGGAGGGAAGGUGUGAGGGAGGCAAAGGAUAAAACGUCGCCGUCUUCUUCUUCCUCGAAGCUUCUCCGACCUGAGAUGCCAUUAAGGAAACAUGGAAGAAGCAAUAGGCUAGCGUCGGCUAUCGUCGACCCGAGAAGCAAAGCUAAUAUCGGCGGAGAAGGAAGUCUAUCUCCGGCGACGAGAAGGGGAUUUAAACAGAGAGACAUUGUAGCCUACGAUGAUAUCCUUUAACGGAAUCAAAUGGAUCAACUUUUUGUUUUCUUCAUUUCUUUUACACUUUUGGCAAUUCUUUCCUUGAAAAAUGUGUAUGUUAUGUGGCUUUAGCAUUUAGUUUUCUUUCUUCUUCUGAAUCUCAUAGGUAAAGUUUGGUUCUUUCUAUUUCAAGAAAUUCUGUACCUUUAA